GGAAACGAAACCGACGCACGCCGCACCCCGCCACCGAGUACCGGAGACCCUCUGCCCCGGUACCGCCGUCCCCCGCACCCCGGCACCCUCCGCAUCCGCGCACCGGCACCCCCGCAGCCCGACAGGGCCAGAUCUGGCCAGAUCCCCCCGCGCCCGGCCGGACACACAGGGACCCGACCUGCUGGGCACCCAGGAUGCCCACCAUGACACUCUGGCUGCCCCUGGUGUGGCUGGUGGCCACAGCCAUGGCCACUGUCACGCCGGUGCCCAUGCCGGAGGCCUCUCCCAGCUGGAUGAAUCUGCUCAUAGAGCACCCGAUGCCGCCAGUGCCCCCCCAUCCUGCCCCAGGCCCACCAGAGGAUGUGGAGGCACCCAUCCUGCCGGUGACCACCCCCUGGGCCCACCUCGAGGAGCUGCCCAGCUUGGACACCCCCCUGAAGGCCACAGAUCCCCCCAACCCUGAGAAGCCUCAGGGAGUACCUGAGGAGCCAGGCAGCAUGGCUAACGGGAGCACGGCAGCACCCACCCCUGGCACCACCUCAGGGCCCCCCAGCACCACGGGCACCAGCGCCCCACCGUGCCCUGGGGACGAGGAGCCUGCUGAGGACUGCGGGGUGCCCACGGGCGAGCAGCGGCUGGCCGUGGCCGAGGCGCUGGGCACCUUUGCCCUCCGCUUCUACCAGCACCUGGCAGAGGCUGCCCAGCCCGAGGCCAACCUGCUCUUCUCCCCCAUCAACGUGGCCAUGGGGCUCUCGCACCUCCUGCUGGGUGCCCGUGGCGAGACCCGUGAGCGCCUGGGCACCAUCCUGGCGUACCCACCGGAGCUGAGCUGCGUGCACAGCGCCCUGCGGCAGCUUGCCAGCGCGCCCGGACUCUUCUCUGCCACACAGAUCUUCCACCACCCAGAGCUGCACCUCCGGCCCCGCUUCCUCAAUGAGUCGUGGCACUUCUACGGCGCCCGCCCACAGGCACUGAGCGGCAACGAGAGCCUGGACCUGCUGCGCAUCAACGAGUGGGUGCGCGGGGCGAGCCAGGGGCUCCUGCCCAGCCUCCUGCCUGUGCUGCCCCCCCAGCCCCACCUGCUGCUGCUCAGCGCUGUCCACCUCCAGGCCGCCUGGCGCACACCGCUGGAGGCCAAGCAGACGCUGCUGCUGCCCUUCCUGCGCCCCGGGCGCCCAUCCCGCCUGGUGCCCACCAUGACCAGCAAGAAGUACCCGGUGGCCUCCUUCACCGACUCCCGCCUGCAGGUCCAGGUGGGGCGGCUGGAGCUGAGCGGGGGACUGAGCCUGGUGUUGCUGGUGCCGCGGGGACCCCCGGAGGCACUGGAGACCCUGGAGCGGGAGCUGGACCCCCCCACAUUCCUGGGGCUGCUUCGGCGGGCGGCACACACCCCCCCCCAGGCCACCGCCCUGGCCCUGCCCCGCCUGCGCCUUGACCUUGCCAUGGAUGUGGUGGCCCUGGUCCACGACAUGGACUACGGGCUGUUCCUGGACGCGGAGCUGUGCGGGCUGGCGCGGGGCCCAGCGGUGACGGUGGACACGGCGCGACACCGGGCGGUGCUGGCGCUGGACGAGGCCGGCGUGGAGGCAGCAGGCGCCAUGGCCACCUCGGUGGCCCGCAGGGCCCUGCUGCUGGAGGCCCUGCGCCCCUUCCUCUUCGUCCUCUGGCACGAUGCGGAUGCCGUACCCCUCUUCAUGGGCCGCCUUAGCGACCCUCAGCCCUGACCCCUGCCCACCUCCUGCCCUCCCUCCUCUCAGCCCUCCCUCCCUCCCUGCUUCCUCCUCUUGCUCCAUCCCUCCUUCCUUCCCUCCCUUGUCCCUACUUCCUCCUUCCUUCCCUCCUCCUCUCCCUCCACCCCUCCUUCUUUUCCCUCCCUCCCUCAUCCCUCCCUCCUUACCCCUUCCCUCUUUCCUUCCAACCACCCUCCAUCCUUCCCUCUCUUUUUUCCCUCCUUCCAGCCCUCCUCCCCUCCCUCCUUUCAUCCUCCCUCCCUCCAGUUCUCCCCCUCUUCCCCCUCCCCACUCCUCCCUCCCCCACCUCCUCGCUCCUCCCUCCCCCAUCUGCCCCCCUUUCCGUCCCCCAUCUCCCCACCCUUCACAACCUCCCCAGCCCCACAGGGCAGCACGGGGUCCCUGCCCCCCCACUUCACCCCGUGCCUCAGUUUCCCCAACAGCUCGGGGCCUGAGGCCCCAAUAAAUGCACUGACCACUG